GGUGGCGCCAGUGGGUCAGGUGGCGCUGGAAAAGAGUAUUUCCUUAGAUGGAUGGUUAUACUUUUCAUACCACGUAAAUUCUAAUCUAACGUACAAGAUAGAGAUGCAAUGAAGUCUAGUCAACACAGUCGGGACGUUGAGUUCCACGUAGGGUGGUUUGAUAUAUGUACAUAUGUAAUAGUACUUCGACUCCACUCCUCCUUUGAACCACGUUGACGAUCUCAGAGCACAAAAUGCGGCACUUUUAGCAGAUGCGAGAAGCGUGAAAGCAGAUGCAUUGGCAGAAUCUGCGUUGGUGGACCAGCAGACGCGAGAAGCGCAGGAGAAGAGCCUGAAGGAAGAACAGGAACGGGAGCAAAGAAAUGCAGCCGAAUCAGAGAAGCUGUAUUUUUACGACCUUCGUCAACAUCAAUGGAGUAGACCUAAAGCAAGCAAGAACAACAAACUUUCAAUGACUGACACCUCUCAAACUUCUCCAUGGAAUGUCAAUCAACACCUCAAAUGAAAUAAAUCAGUGAUACAAGAACACGCUUUCAUGGCUUAGCGGCUGCUUUACCUUCAGAGCCAGAAGCAGGCACGGCAGAUCGCCUCCCGGUCAUGUUCCGUGUAUCCGAGGGGAAGAGCGUAAAAACGACACUCUGCUCUUAAGGCUCCUGUACUAAAUGGUUUGUGUAGUUUUCCUAAAGUCUCAAGCUCAAGUUCACUUAAAGUCGUAGCAAAGUCUUUGUUACCUAAAGUCGUAGGCUCCAUUUCACACUGUUGCCUACUUUUAAGUGAAGUCAUUUCGACGAAGAUCUUUUGGAGGUGGACCUAGUAGUUCGGGUAGUCAUUCUAGACGAGGGAUCCAAUCUAGUCCAUUCAUCACCAUCAAGGGAAAACAAGAAGAGAACCCUUAGGAUCGAACUCAGGUUACCAAAUACCAGAAUCAUACAGCUGAAAUUUGUGCGAGAUUAAUUCUAUUGUAUUGUAUUCUAUUCUAUUGUAUUGUAUUCUAUUGUAUUGUAUUCUAUUGUACUGUAUUGUAUUGUUACCCUCUUCCUCUGUUUGUUACCAAGGUCUUCUUCUUCUGAAGGAGUGUCGCAUUCUUGUUCUGAAGGGGAUUAGAAGAUCUUUUCAGGAGCUCUAAUUCUCAACCCGAGGUGUUGAAGAAGCGACCAGGA